AUGAACUGGUGCAAGGAGCAGACAGAGUGACUCGGCAUGGUUCAUUGCAGCUUGACCGACCUACUGCAGCCGACCUCCUCUCCCUGAUUCAUUCCGUCCAUGCUUGCAUCGAGAUUAAAACCCUCUACGAAGCAACUGCUGUUAUACAUGAGAGUCUUUCGUUUACAAUUCACAGCAAAAGAUCGGUAAAAAUGCCUCCCAAUAAGCCUAAGCAGCCAAUAAAAGCGUUCAACAAUACGCUCGACAUGGUCGAUGCUUACACGUGGAAUAUCGAUGCUAUCUACGACUGGAUAGGCGAGGUUGCUGACGACCCGGCCAAGUUUGGAGCUCCCGAGAAGGGAGACGACCUGGAAGCGAAGAAAGCCCAUCUUGAAAAGAUCAAAAAACAGAUCAUCAAACUGGGUGUCCCAGCACCUCGAUGGAAAGGCGGCGAAGAGUAUCAAGAUGCGCAAUUGACGCCGAACCAGCAUAUUCGGCGUCGGCUCAAUACUAACAACGUGCCACCGCCGCCAGAGUACACUUAUAUAGAGCCUCCAAUAGAAAAGUCACCCUUUGAGGUAAACGGUUCCGAAAGCCAGAAGAAGAACGGAAAUGGGGCGGCUGUACUAUUCCCAUCUAUGCUUUUCUGGAACCCGUGUGAUUUGAUGGGACUGUUUCUAUCGACAAUCGGACUCGCCCCCGCGGCGGCCAACAAGGAGCAGUUCUAUGUUCCACUGUUAGCUAUGUUUGGUCUUUGGUGUGCGAAAAUAAGCCCGCCCGUUUGGAAAGAUGGAAACUCUAGGAACCACGGCAACUAUUUCCCGGCAGUGGUGCAAUGCACAUGGGGAAAGGCUCAAGGUGUUCCCGGCGCACGGGAUGACUUCUUCCUCGGAGCCUCAUACUCGGGCAUUUCAUUAGCAGGCCCCUGGUCUCCUACGCAAUAUUUUUGGGAUCGAGUUGUCAGAUACGAGCGGUUUAAACUCGUGCCUAUUCAGUCGCUGAAAUUUGACGACAGCCCUGCUCGAGGGAACGGUAGCGGAACGGCAGACGUUCCGGGCCACCGCUUCGGCAAUUGUGCAGAGACAUAUCCCUUUACGAAUAUGAUGAGAGACCCGAGUCAUAACCUCCAGGGAAUAGCUAUCAAUAGCAGAUAUACAUCCUACCCAGCGCCCGAAAAGAAAAUCAAAGACAACAUUGUGGAUCCGUGUUUUAAUUGUCAGGAUUGGAUCCUGCGCUGUCGAGGGACGGUAAACAAUUUUGCGAAGGCAGGUACAGUGAAAAAGCUGUGGGUGCCACCCCCAGCGAUGUUUUAGGAGCAACUAUAGAGGGAGAAUUCAUUGCCGGGAAGAACCAUCCGCGGGAAUAUACCGUAUGAAGCGAAGUCAUAACUUUGUCUUUUUGUCUUACAUGCUUAGGCCAUAAUUUUUCUUUUUUUUUGCUCUCCGUAAACAAUAAUGGUCGUGCACUACAGUAUCUAUUAUUGUCGUCUACAUGUAU